UGUCCUGGAUAUCCCACGGAUACCAUAUCCAGAGGCCCUUAGCUUUCUACUCUUUUUAUUACGACGCCGCCGUUUGAGCCUACCAUACGAUCGCCGUCUCGCCGAGCCGCUCCCCCUCCUCGUGGUCUCUCUCUCUCUCUCUCUCCCCCUCCCCCUCCCUCUCCCUCUCCCCCCCUUUUCUUGUCCCAGCCGACGAUGUCUUCUUCCCAGGGCCGAAGGGGGUCUCUCCCAGGGACGAGCCGCGACGGCGAGGGUCUGCUUUCCAGGGUCUCGAGCUCCAUCUCGCAGUCCCCGAUCGUGUACCGCGGGAAGGUCGCCGCCUCCGAGGCUGCCACCGUCUCCAAGAAGCUCCUCUGGAGCACUGGCCGCGCUGCCUGGAUCGCCGGCACCACCUUCCUCGUCCUCGUGGUUCCCCUGAUCAUCGAGAUGGACCGGGAGCAGCAGAUGAACGAGCUCGAGAUGCAGCAGGCCAGCCUACUCGGCACCUCCUCGCCCUCCAUGGCCGCCCCGCCCCUCCCAAGUGAUCGUCGUUCAGGUCAGCAGGGCUCUUCCCAUCUAGGGUUCCGUCAUGAUUCGGCUUCGUGAUCUUGUGAGAAGCUGAAGUGAUGGGGUUUAGGUCCUUGGUAUUUGUUCUGGAUUCAUGAAGCUUUUGCCUUUUUGAAUUUGCUAUAGCCUGUUGUUGAAUUCAUAUCUCUAUAUCGAGUUUCCUGUUCUGAUAUAUGAGACUUGUGAAAUUUUACAAACUGAUUAGUUUGCUCUAGCGGUGGAAUUAGUUCUGUUUUGUUUA